AUGGCGGCAAGAAUAGGCGCUCGGCUGCAUAAGGAUGGGAUAGUUGCCAACGGCAUCGAGCUUGUCAUUAGGCGUUGGGUUAAGGGCCGCGAGGAAAUGGGUGCCAUUUUUGCCGACAAAACAACGCAGUUCGCGCAUGUGAAGGUGCUCAACGACUCCAGGAAUACCGACCAGUGUCGUAACAGCCUUAAGCUCGGAAGCAAUGUAGACAUGGCCAUAAUCUGCACCGUCACUGCCGUGCAUGCCCACUCUGGGAAGGGAGGUAUUGUGACCAUUUGGACGUGUUCGGAUCUACAGGAUACUGCGCUGAAAGUGGCUAUAUAUGGAAGUAUACCGGUUGAACUAAACUCAGUCAGCCAGGGCAGCGUCAUCGCCGUGCUGAACCCCGACCUGAACGAUCACGCCAGAGACUACAACUACAGGAGCAUAUCGAUAAAGCACUGUGACAACGUGCUGCUGAUAGGGGAAGUCGACGGCCUUAAGUUUUGCCAAGGUGUCACUGCGAAGGGUGCCAGCUGCAAGAACCUCGUGUACACCCACCACCAGGGCGACUUCUGCAAGUUCCACCUAAAGGCAGCGUUCGCCAAACCUAAGCCGAACAAGAAAAUGACGACCGUGGACUCGGCGGAUAUGCUCAAAACUGUGCACGAACGCCUCGAAAAUAAUCAAAAGGAGGCGGGAAUUGAGCACUUUGUGUUUAAGCCAGCCGAGCCCCCCCACCCAACCGCUGUGCUCUCCAAGCUCGCAGGCUUAAACAGCCUGGUGCACAAGGUCACACAGAAUCGCAUGAAAACCUCUGCAUCUGCGCACAUUACUGUGCCGGUAGGUGUUCAACCCAACAAAGGGCGGCCAAAGGAUGAGUCAAUAAACCGAACCAAGGAAUUCGAGGCCGCAGUUCGGAAUCUAAAGUCGCUUAUGCAUGCAGGGCAGAAGGAAAGCAAGAAAAUCCUCGGUCUCCUGCAGCUCAUCGCCAAGUACAUUCACUAUGUCGACAGGGACGCCGCCAGGAAAAGCCCGCUUUUGAAAAUAUGUUCGGACUUGCUCGAGCACCCCGUCGAUGGAGUAGCCAUAGAGAGCCUGAAACUACGCCGGGAAUUCAGGAGAAUCCUCCACUCGCCCAUUAAGGACAAUUCUACACCUACAUAUCUAGUAGAGGUUAAGCGGCCAGAAGGCAAGCAGGUUGCAAAUGACCGCGCGACUGACAAAGAUCUGGACAUCAUCAUGUCAGCCGCAUCUGAGGUAGACUCUUACGUCGAGAAGGAAAACGUAGAGACCAUGAAACGCAAGCUGGUCACACUGGAACGCAUGGAUAAGGCGGAAGAAAUGAAGAAGGCCGUUAAGGAGAUCGAAAUUACGGCCUCUUACUGCCACGAUUGUAACAAGUGGACCGAGUACCCAAACCCGGUUUGCAAGCGCGAGGGACACACCUGCUCGUCCAAAAAGUGCAAAAAAGAAUAUCACCUGUGUUUGGAACCUUCGUGUGGAUACCGAUACUUCUCCCUUAAUGGACAGAAACCCCCAUCGUGCCCAGGGUGA